GAAGAACAGCCAAGAAAACUUGGUAGCAUGAAACACACAUUCAUGUUAUUACAUCAUUCCAUUUUCUCUCUCCCAUUGUCUCUCUUGACAUCUCCGAACAUCCUCAAAUUUCAAACACAAUUCCUUAAAAUUUCAUCAAAACUAACCUCAAAACAUGAAUUCAAAGCAACAACUAAUGGACACACUCACAUCACACAUAUCAUUGUACCACUCUCGAUCAGCUCCCCCAAUUCACACAAACCCUAACCCUAGAGCUUCGAUUUUGAAAUGGUUCAAAUCUCUCAGUGUUCAUCAACGUCGAUCGUGUCUCACGAUCGUUGAUUUCAAGUUUGUUCAGGUGUUGUUGGAGAUGGACGCGAAAUUACGCGUCCAUGGUCGUGGUUUGUUUAUUGUUUUGAGUGAUAUGAUGUCGGAUGAGCGGCCCGAGAUUCCGAGCGUUUGUUUUCGGAAGUCUCGGGGCCUUUUGGAAAGAGUUUAUGGAGAAUGUGAGGUGGGGAAGUUGAUUUAUGAGGCGGUUAGAGUGUUUGAUUCCAGAGAUGGGGAGGUUGUUGAGAAAUUCUCGGAGUUUGUUGGAGGGAGUGAGAGGUUGUUGGAUUCGGUUACGGUGAGUGAGAAGUUAGUUGAGGAUGUGGAGAAGUUUGUUGAAGUGAUGGAUGAGGUUUCUGGCGGGGCGUUUUUGAGGGGGGAGGAGAGUAAGUUAGGGGAGGAAUGGGUGGAAUUUGAGUGGUUGAAGGGGAAGGGGUAUUACGGGAUUGAGGCGUAUGUGGUUAAUAGGUUAGAGGUGGCGUUGAGGCUUUCAUGGAUGAAUUGUAGUAGUGGGAAGAAGAGAGGGGUGAAAUUGAAGGAGAAGGUGAGUUUGUCGGGUGUGGCGGCGAAUGUGUUUUGGAGGAAAAAGGGGUGUUUGGAUUGGUGGGGGAAGUUGGAUUUUGCGACGAAGGAGAAGAUUUUUCGAACAUUUGUUGGAAAAGCUGCGAAAUUGAUGACUCUUGAAAUUUUGAAGACUACCAAAAUUCACAUGGAGGGUGGCAUGCGGCCAUCUAUGACAAAGGCUAAACUUCCUUCAAGUUAUGACAAAGCAGUAUUACGUCAAAAGUCAAGUUACGUGCCUCAAGGAUCAGUUGCAGAUUUCAACUCAACUCUGACUUCUGGAUUUGUUUCUGGAACAGCCUCUUCUUCUGUAGAAUAUAUAUGCAGAUGUUUGUCUAUACUUCAAGAUAUCUCUGCCCUGUUAUUAUCGUGCAAUCUUAGUAGUGAACAUGCUAAUGAGGAAUUAUUCUUUAGCUCAUUAGGUUCUGUUAAUUCUACCUCUAAUUUUGUAUUUAGGAAACUGAGAGGGUUGCUCAUGGUUGUUUCACUAGAUUGUACAAAACUAGAAUUAUUUGAAGAGGUAAAUGGGAAGUGUUCUACUAAGAAAUGCACUGAAAAAUCUAGUGCUACUAGUCGUAGGAAGAAAGGAAAAAGCCGAAAUACGAAAAAGGUCUCUUCUGUCAGAUCUUCCAUUGAUGAUCCUAAACUGGAUAAUUCUUCCAAGGUUGAGGGAUGUGAAUUGACCUAUAGUGAGAACAUAGACAUGUGUCAGAUCAAUGCUUUGGCUAGUGUGAUUCAAGAAAAGGAUCCAAAUAGGGAGACUUCUUUGUCAGCAGUUGACAUGGAACACACUCAGAAAUCUCUUAGUGGAAAUGCCCAGAACUCUGGCCUGAAGAAUAAGAAAAGGAGCAACAAACAUAAAAACUCUUGGUUAAGUAGUGAUGCUAAAGUUGAAAAUUCUCGAAGAAAAUCAAAGAAAGUUUCAGCUGAUUGUGUUAUUUUAGAAGACAUUCCUGGUGAUGCUUCAGUUAAGGAGAAGAGCACAGUACCAAAUCCAAGCACCGGUAAAAGGGAUCUUAGUGAAGAGGUCGAUGCAGUGCAAGGCAUUCAAAUUGAGAAUGAUUGUGUUCCUAGUGCUGCUAGCUGUCAAAGUAGUACAGAAGACCAUCAACCUUCAGUAACCAUGAAUGAAGUUCUCUUUCCAAGAUUAGAAAGUAUUAAUUCUUCUGAUUCCAUUUUUUCUCCUGUGAUCCCAACAUCUGAGUGUUGUACCAUUCCUAGAAGUGAAGAUGUUAAUGCUAGAAAUUUUGGACAUAAAACUGAAGCAGUCACAAUAUCAGCUUUUCCUAAAGAAGGGUUAGGAGUUGCUGAUCCAGUAGAGAUCACCAGGACUCAGGAGCAAGAUGAGUCUAGCAUUUGUAGUCAUGGAAACACGGUUUCUGCUGGUUUCCCUCCAUACGAGUGGCCCAGUGUAGCUCCUUUUCACUUUCCAUCUGUUAAUACACAUCUUCCAGCUACAACAGAUAGAUUGCAUCUGGAUGUUGGUCACAACUGGAAAAACCACUUCCACCAACCGUUAGUGCAAACAGUGCAUCAGGUGAGGAAAUCACCAAUUGAAAAUGGGUGCAAUGGCAUCCUCUCUCGCCCUAUGUCAAUGAGCUUAGAUUGGCCUCCUAUGGUACGAAAUUUUAGUGGAUUAAUUCCGUCAAUGACGUAUAGUUAUGAUACUGGGUUUAUACCAAUGCGGCAACCAUCUUUUCAGCAGAGCUUUACUGCACAAAGCUUGCAGCAUAGUGCAAGUAAUUUUGAUGAUGAGAGGCUGUACUCUGGAGAUUCCAUGGAUAUUUCCGAUAAAACAAAUUCACAAGAACCAGCAGAUGAGAAUGAAAAUCAUUGGAUAUCUGAAGAAGAUAUUGAGGUACACGCAGUUACUGGGAUGGAUUACAGUCAGUACUUUGGUGGAGGUGUGAUGUACUGGAAUCCUUCUGAUCGUACAGGUACCAGUUUCUCUCGCCCUCCUUCUCUUAGUUCUGAUGAUAGCUCAUGGGCUUGGAGGGAAGCAGAUAUGAACACCACUGUUGAUGAUAUGGUUGCCUUCUCUUCAUCCUUUAGUACUAAUGGUUUGGCGUCUCCAUCUACUGCUUCCUUUUGCUCACCUUUCGAUCCUAUGGGGCCAGCACACCAGGCUCUUGGUUAUGUGAUACCGGGAGGUGAUGUAGCAGGAAAAGUGCUUCACUCCUCAUCAACAAUGUCAGAUGUAGCAGCAGAGGAGAUUGCCUCUGCCUCUUUGUCCAGUUUACCUAGCGACACUGAAGCAAUGACAAAUGAGUCUCUUCCUUACCCAAUUCUUCGACCAAUUAUCAUUCCAAGUAUCUCACGAGAAAGAUCAAGAUCAGAGUUUAAACGCAGCCAAGAUCAUAAAAGCUCGUGUGUUCCAAACAGAAGGGAUCAACCUCGAAUCAAACGGCCGCCUUCACCUGUGGUACUUUGUGUUUCACAUGCUCCUCAUCUACCUCCACCUUCUCCUGUUAGUGAGUCUAGAAAACACAGGGGUUUCCCUACUGUGCGAUCUGGUAGCUCUAGCCCAAGGAACUGGGGAGUGCGAGGCUGGUUCAAUGAUGGAAUCAGUUUUGAGGAGUCUUGUAUGCGCAUGGAUGGAAGUGAAGUGGUCUGGCCUUCUUGGAGAAGUAAUAGUCUCUCUUCGCGUCAGUUGAACCAACCUCUAGCAGGGACCUUGUUGCAGGACCGCCUGAUUGCAAUCUCCCAGUUAGCUCGGGAUCAGGAACAUCCAGAUGUUGCGAUUCCCUUGCAACCCCCUGAAUCAUUGAAUUCUUCUUCAAGGAAAUCUUCUCUUUCUUUGAUGCACAAUCUCCUUCAUGAUGAAAUUGAUUCCUUCCACAAGCAGGUUAUUGCAGAGAAUUUGGUUAAUAAGCCUUACAUCAAUUGGGCUGUCAAGCGUGUUACACGAUCUCUCCAAGUCUUAUGGCCCCGGUCCAGGACUAAUAUCUUUGGCUCAAAUGCAACUGGCUUGGCUCUUCCAACAAGUGAUGUUGACCUUGUAGUUUGUCUCCCUCCAGUUAGAAACUUGGAACCCAUAAAAGAAGCUGGAAUCUUAGAGGGACGCAAUGGAAUCAAAGAAACUUGUCUCCAGCAUGCAGCUAGGUAUCUUGCUAAUCAGGAGUGGGUUAAAAGUGAUUCUCUCAAGAUUGUGGAAAAUACUGCUAUACCCAUAAUCAUGGUUGUGGUGGAAGUUCCCUGUGAUCUUGUAGUGACCCAUCUACCAAUUUCGAAGGAAGAGCAGCCAAUUCAAGUUUCUAAUGAACAUGACAAGAUUUCUUCAACAGACACUGAUGUUUCAGAAAGCUCUGUUCUACUAGAGCGUUCUAACAUGAAUAAUGCCAAAGGGAAGACCAAAUCAGUUCGUCUUGAUAUUAGUUUCAAGUCAUCAUCUCAUACAGGACUCCAAACUACAGAACUGGUGAAAGAGCUAACUGAGCAAUUUCCUGCCGCCACGCCACUUUCGAUGGUCCUAAAGCAGUUCUUGUCAGAUCGCAGCCUUGAUCAAUCCUAUUCUGGUGGCCUUAGUUCAUACUGUCUGAUAUUAAUGAUCACACGUUUUCUUCAGCACGAGCAUCACCACGGGCGAUCCAUUAACCAAAAUUUUGGAGGCCUUUUAAUGGAUUUUCUCUAUUUUUAUGGGAAUGUCUUUGAUCCACGCCAAAUGCGGAUUUCAGUUAGAGGAAGUGGGGUUUACAUAAAUAGGGAGAAAGGAUACAGCAUUGAUCCAAUAUAUAUUGAUGAUCCUCUUUUCCCUGCAAAUAACGUGGGAAGGAACUGCUUUAGGAUACAUCAGUGUGUUAAGGCAUUUGCAGAUGCUUAUGUGAUUCUGGAUGAUGAGCUAACAUCUCUUCCCAGUGAUGGUGAUACAAGUGCUAACUGUCCAUGCAAUCUGCUACACAAAAUUAUUCCAUCCAUAACAAUUUUGAAUGUCUCGUAGGCCUAUAUACUCCCGAGGUACCCUAAAACUUUCAGUUGAUUGUUGGUAAAACCUCCCUGUACCAGUAGCAUACUUGGCUUGGGAAAGGAUUUGCAUUUCAUUCAUCCCUAUCUCCUACCCUCUGCAAGCUUUGAGAAUGAAGCUAUGAUUUACAAGAUUAACGACGACAUGAAAUCUGUGAAGGAAGGCACUGGUCAGCAUCAGUACCCAGUGGGAUAAAAGCCAGGAAGGCUGUUUGUUAAGGGAAGUAUCUGUGACAUAUUCACGUUCGAAGCGCUGGAAUGAGAAUUUCUUCAAUUCUUUUAAUAUUACAUGCAAAGCCCUGGAAUGUGAUGUUCUUCAAUGCUUUGAAUCUAACCCUUCCUAAUAAAAGCCUUGCAGGGUGCUAAUUGCUGAAAAGGAUCUCUGGUUUGCAGAGCAUUUCAAAACAGGUUCUUUCCCCUUUGUGUGUGUGUGUGUGGGGGGGGGGGGGGGGGGGGGGGGGGAUGCUUGUUCACGCAUUGUGACGGGGCCAAUGGAAAGGAAGGUGUUGAAAAAGGUGAGUUGUGGCUUGGCUUCCAUUAUGCGAGAGGGACCAAUCAGGCUGGAGUGCUUUGGAGUGGAUAGAAUGACAAGGAAAUGUAGUGGGCCUAGUGGCUGCUUGUCGGGAUUAUUGCAUGAGGAGAUGAAUGCUGAGAGUUUGAACAAAAGGAUCCCCUUAAUUUUGUACCAACAAAGAGAAUUUCAAGUACUCCAGCAAGCAGCCUUAAUUUUCUACUGACAGAGAAUUCCAACUUUUCAAGUACUCGAGCAAGCAAGUUUUGGUGAAAAAAGGCAUAUUACUGGACACGUGCUGCAAAGACAGGUCCGUGUUUGGUCAACUAAUAAAGUAAUCAGCCAUCAUAAGAUUAAGGUCCGUGUUUGGUCAACUAAUAAAGUAAUCAACCAUCACUGUGUCAACUAGGCACUUUCUGUUUCUUUUGGCCAUGCUUUCCUAGUAUUUUGCCAACCUUAGAUAAGUGUCCAACUCUAGUUCGGAUAAAAUCUUUGUAUAUGUAAUAAUAGGUCAACAUCUUUGAGUAUAGUAAAUCUUCUUAUGAACCAUGUGCAAAUUAUAUCAGAGUUUCACCUUAUAAUGGUACCCAACCAAAAAAGACGGGGUGUUUUUGUUA